GCGGAUCAAUUGCAUCAGCUUUUCUGAACCGGGAAGGAGGCGGAGCGUCGCCUGAUGAAAUCCGGCGUUGUGUUGCAGGAGGCCACGAUAGCGCUGGGUGGUUCGUUUCGUUUGUAGUUCAGAGGGCGUUUAGUUGGCCGGUGGGUUGGUUUCCGCCUUCCUUUUUGUUUAGCCUUCGGCGAGCUGCACGAGCUUUGGCUGUUGUGCCGGCUAGGCGGCUCAGACAGCUUUCCCCCGUGUUAGAGCGUCGCCAGCGUAGAGUCUUGAAUAGCUACCACCAUGUGCGGCAUUUGGGCCCUUUUUGGAAGUGAUGGUUGCCUUUCUGUUCAAUGUCUCUGUGCUAUGAAAAUAGCCCACAGAGGUCCUGAUGCGUUUCGAUUUGAAAAUGUCAACGGAUUCACCAACUGUUGUUUUGGUUUCCAUCGUCUGGCGAUUGUUGACCAGCUGUAUGGCAUGCAGCCUCUAAGAGUGAAGAAGUUUCCCUACUUGUGGCUGUGUUACAAUGGAGAAAUCUACAACUACAAACAGCUGCAAAAACAUUUUGAAUUUGAUUACCAGACCUUAGUAGAUGGAGAGGUAAUCCUUCACCUUUACAACAAAGGAGGAAUAGAGCAAACGGCCGCCAUGCUGGAUGGUGUAUUUGCAUUCAUUUUGCUGGACACUGCAAACAGGAAAGUGUUUCUGGGAAGAGAUACAUAUGGAGUCAGGCCGUUGUUUAGAGUCCUGACAGAUGAUGGAUUUCUGGGUGUUUGCUCAGAGGCAAAAGGUCUUGUCAACCUGAAGCACUCUAUGUCCUUGGCUCCGAAAGUGGAACCUUUCCUUCCAGGACACUAUGAAGUGUUCGAUUUAAAGCCGAGUGGCAAAGUUGCAUCGGUGGAAGUGGUUAAAUUUCAUAGCCCUAAAGAUGAACCUCUGCACGCCGCUUACAACACAAUACAAAAUCUACCCUCUGGUUUUGACCUUGAAACAGUCAAAAGCAACAUUCGGCUUUUGUUCGAAAAUGCUGUUAAAAAACGUUUGAUGUCUCACAGAAGAAUUGGCUGUCUCUUAUCAGGUGGUUUGGAUUCUAGCUUGGUUGCAGCGAUACUUCUCAAACUAAUGAAAGAAGCAAACAUCGCCUACCCUCUACAAACCUUUGCUAUUGGAAUGGAAGAUGCUCCUGAUCUGUUGGCUGCUAGAAAGGUAGCAGCUCACAUUGGAAGUGAACACCAUGAGGUCAUUUUUAAUUCUGAAGAAGGGAUUCAAGUACUAGAAGAUGUUAUAUUUAGCUUGGAAACAUAUGACAUCACAACUGUACGCGCUUCCGUGGGUAUGUAUCUCAUUUCCAAAUACAUACGAAAGAAAACGGACAACGCAGUUAUUUUCUCAGGGGAAGGUUCGGAUGAACUGACACAAGGGUAUAUUUAUUUCCAUAAGGCACCCACGCCUGAAGCAGCUGCGGAGGAAAGUGAGAGGCUUCUCCGAGAACUCUACCUCUUUGAUGUUCUUCGUGCUGACAGAACUACCGCUGCCUUUGGUCUUGAACUGCGAGUUCCAUUUUUGGACCACCAGUUUACUGCUUAUUACCUGUCUUUGCCACCAGAACUCAGAACACCAAAGAAUGGAAUUGAAAAGCAUCUAUUGAGAGAGGCCUUUCAAGAUACCAACUUACUGCCUAAAGAAAUACUCUGGAGACCCAAAGAAGCUUUCAGCGAUGGCUUGACUUCAAUCAAGAAAUCAUGGUUCUCCAUACUCCAAGAUUAUAUUGAUAUUCAGGUUGAUGACCUUCUGCUGGAGAAGGCAGCAGAAAAAUUUCCCUUUAAUCCUCCUAAAACCAAAGAGGGCUAUUACUACCGCCAGAUCUUUGAGAAGCACUUCCCAGGACGUUCCGAUUGGCUCCCCCACUACUGGAUGCCAAGAUGGAUCAAGGCUACUGAUCCAUCUGCUCGCACACUGGAACAUUACAAGUCGGCUAAAAAAGAUUAGACUUCUUUUGGAAGUUGCUCUGUGCAAAUGACUUGUUAACAAUAUAACGUUCCCUCUUGGGCCUAGAAAGGAAAGCAAAUGAAGUUUUUUUUAAAAAAAGUUAAUCCCUUUCAGAUAAAAGAAGAGAUUAUUACUGAAUUAAAUCUAUGCCAAAAAAGAAAAGAAUAAAAAUCAAGUUUCUAUUCUGCUGAAGCUGCCUUUUACAGCUAUUUAUUUAUUAUUUCUCUUUGUAAACUGCCACGAGCCAUUUUUAGAAGGGUGGUAUAGAGAUCAAAUUAAUAAUAAUAAUAAUCAGCUGUUGUAAAAAGAUCACACAGACUGACUACAAACAAAGGCAUGACAAGGUAGCAGGGAUGAUACACUGGAGCAUCUGCAAAAAAUACAAGCUACCUGUAGCCAAACAUUGAUGGGACCAUAAAAUUGAAAAAGUUGAAGAAAAUGAAGAUGUAAAAAUAUUAUGGGACUUCCGACUACAAACAGACAAACAUCUGCCACACAAUACACCAGAUAUAACUGUAGUCGAGAAAAAAGAAAAACAAGUUAAAAUAUAAUACAUAGCAAUACCAGGGGAUAGCAGAAUAGAAGAAAAAGAAAUAGGAAAAAACACCAAAUACAAAGAUCUACAAAUUGAAAUUGAAAGGCUGUGGCAGAAAAAGACCCAAAUAAUCCCAGUGGUCAUUGGCGCCCUGGGUGCAGUUCCAAAAGACCUUGAAGAGCACCUCAACACCAUAGGGACCACAGAAAUCACCAUCAGCCAAUUACAAAAAGCAGCUUUACUGGGAACAGCCUAUAUUCUGUGACGAUAUCUAUAACAAUUGACAAUAAAAUUCAGCUACCCCAGGUCCUUGGGAAGGACUCGAUGUCUGGAUAAAACAAACCAGUCAAUAACACCUGUCUGACUGUGUAAACAAGAAAUAAUAAAUAAUAAUAAUAUAUGGUCCAAACUGAUUUUGAGUUAACCUAUGUGAGUCUUAUAAGACUAUGUCAAUGGGACUCCUUCAAGACUGCCAUUGACACAGCCUUUGGCUACAAUCCUGCACACAGUUAACCUGAAUCUGCCCUAAGAACAAAUGUUUUGAGACCAUUCCCUUGAUUCCAAGGUCGAACUCUGAAGCUAUAACUGCUAGGGUGAUCAAGUGCAUGAGGGGCAGAACUGUGGAAUCUUUUAACAGUUGUGUAAAAGAGUGCAUUGCAGCAGAUACAGCUUUUCUUACAGAUCCAAUAGAAUGGUGAUGCAUCUAUCUGUUAUUUAUCUUUUCCACACAAGUGCUAAAGCUACAAGGUUCUCUGCUCACUGGUUACUCUGGGAACAUAGGUAGCUGCCUUACACAGGAUCAGACUGUUGGUCCAUGACUGGCAGAGGCUCACCUAAGGUUUCAGGAAGGAGUUUUUUUUUUAGCUUUACCUAGAAAUGCCAGAGAUUGAACCUGGGACCUUCUGCAUGUAAAGCAGAUGCUUUACCACUGAGCUACAGCCCCAUCCCCUAGGAUGUGGAGGAACUGGCUGAGAGAAUUCCUUGAAAAUUUGCCAUUGGAGGAAUCCCUGAAAUUCAGAUAGAAUCAGAAUGCUCUGAAACUUAGAGAGAAUUUCCGCUUUGGAGAAAUGUCUUCAUAUUCUAAACUGUUUCAUAGUUGUUGUUUUUUUUGUUAUACUAUUCUGGCAACACAGCUGACAACUGAUCUUCUGUUUCAAUAAAACCUGAAUAAUUGAACACAA